CGCCGGCAAAUUGACAUUCAACACUCUCAACGCUCUCAUGAGGCCUUCGAGCUGAACGUCAAUAAUACCAUGUCUGCGGUUGAGAGCCCCGAAACCGUCCCGAAUGGCGCCAAUGGAGUCAAACAUCGGAGGAACUCCACCAUCUUGAACCCUCGCUCGUAUGUGACGGAGGACCUGUGGAAACAGGCACCAAUUCUUAAAGGAACCACGAGGUUCGAGCCAUUGUCUGACGCAAGGAACAUACUGGUCACUGGCGGGGCAGGUUUCAUAGCGUGCUGGUUCGUUCGUCAUUUGACCUUGACAUACCCCGAUCAUUACAAUGUCGUAUCAUUCGAUAAGCUUGAUUACUGCGCGACCCUCAACAAUACACGCAUCCUCGAUGACCUUCCAAACUUUACGUUCGAACAAGGAGACAUCACAUCGCCAUCGGACGUGAAACGAUGUCUUCGCAAGCACAAAAUCGACACCAUAUUCCACUUCGCCGCCCAAUCGCACGUUGACCUCAGCUUCGGCAAUUCAUACCAAUUCACAAAUACAAACUGUUACGGUACACAUGUGUUGUUGGAGAGGGCGCGCGAACACGGUGUGAACAGGUUCAUACAUAUAUCGACCGACGAAGUGUACGGAGACGUACCAAUUGGCGCGGCAGAUCUCUCCGAGACAAGCAUACUGGCCCCUACGAAUCCGUACUCAGCCAGUAAAGCGGCAGCAGAGAUGAUGGUUCUUGCAUAUAGAAGUAGCUUCAAACUACCUCUUAUAACGGUCAGGAGCAAUAACGUGUAUGGGCCGCAUCAAUUUCCAGAAAAAAUCAUACCCAAAUUUAUCAUGUUAUUACAGCGACAUAGCAAACUUUUACUCCACGGUGACGGAUCACCGACCCGCCGAUAUGUUUACGCCGCGGAUAUUGUUGAUGCAUUAGAUACCAUCUUUCACAAAGGAACCAUUGGCCAAAUUUACAACAUCGCUUCCAAGGACGAAGUUUCAAACAUUGACAUUUGUCACAAACUCCUUGACAUAUUCGAAUUGCCGCACGAGACUCCGGAGCAGUUAGAGAGACUAGUACAACACACUGAAGAUAGACCUUUCAAUGAUCAGCGCUACGCGACCGAUGGCUCUAAGCUAGCACUUUUGGGAUGGAAGCCAAAGACAUCUUUCGAAGAUGGUCUCCGACUUACCGUGGAAUGGUACCGACGCUUUGGAGAAGUGUGGUGGGGAGAUAUUAGCCGUGUCCUUACCUCAUUCCCAGUAGUUGAAGGGACUGAGAUCUGGACGAAGGAAGACUAUGAGGCUUUACCAUCUGAUGAGGAACCGGCUACUGAUGAGAACGAAAUUAUGUGGAAGAAGCAUGCACUUGCACGAUUGCAGAAUUUAGAGGGAUGAAGAAAAGUACAUUCUGGAUGAAAACGUAAAUAAUGAUGACGAAAUAUUCCUUUGGUUAGACAUAUUUUAUAGAUACCCAUACAAAGUAUACAUUUACCGGC